AUGGCUAAAGAAGUGCCUCAGCUGGUCAAGGCUGCGUUGAGGGCCGUCCUGUUAAGCCAGAAAGGAAUCAAGCAAACAGAUUUGCCGAGGGACUACAAGAAAUUGAAUGACUCGCAACUAGACGUGAAGAAGUAUGGGUUCCAAGACUUGUAUGAUUUUUUGUUGGCUAUUCCCGACGUCGCUAGAUUGGAGUUUUCGCCUAAGGAUGGAGAAAAUAAAGUGUUUGGUGUUGUCGAAAAGGGAAUUUUUAUUUCAGACCAUGCAAAAAAGAACAUGGGAGUUCCAAAUGGAUUAAAACCCCUGCAUCCAUCACAGUGGCCUAGAAAUGUGAACAAAAAUGAAAGAACAUCCGUGAGUAAAGAAUCUGACUCCAAGAAGAAGAUAAUGCCAAAUUCCUCAGGUCUCUACGCCAUUCAUGUUAAGAAUUUACCUCCCAACUGCCAACAGGUAAGGUUG